AUGAAAAGCAGAACUACCAUUUUGCCUGGGCAGCAUGCCUUGAUUAGGUUACCUUCUGAGGGCCUUAGAAUCAUUCUUUUGCGUGAAGAGGGCACAAUUUCUUUGGGAAAGUUUGGCUCGUUCAAGGUGAGCUCUAUCUUGGGACACCCAUUUGGCACUACUUUUGAAGUUAGAGAUGAGCAGGAGGCUGUUCCAAUCAAGUCUUUGACUCAUCAGGAGGAUAAAGUGGAGGUGGAAAAUGAAGAGGACGAAAUCUCAGAGAAGGAGGCCUUGAUCAAGUACUUUGAGAAGUCUGCUGAGAAUAACCAGGACAUCAUCAAUGUGGGCCUGAAGAUCCAGAAACUCGAUAACAAGCAGAUUGACGAUUUGAAGAAACUGGGUGCUUCUUCGGAAAUCGGCCAGAAGAUCAUUGAACAGAUUAUUGCUGGCCAUGCGGCUUUCGAUAAGAAGACGGUGUUCUCUCAGCAGAAGUACUUGAGAAGAAAGCAGAUGAAGUUCUUGCGUCGUUUCCAGGUUGAGUACCUAGGAAGCUCCCAGCUUCUUCAGUAUUUUAUUGAAAAGGAUAUGCAAAAGGUUUUGGAUAUGAGUGAAGAGACACUUGGGCUUUUGCUCAGUUAUGCCAAUGUUCGUCCUGGAGGCCGCUACUUGGUGUUGGAUGAUACUUCUGGUGUGGUUGUUUAUGCCAUGAUGGAGAGAAUGCAAGGAAAGGGCCAGAUUAUGCUUGUGCAUGAGAAUGAACACGCCAACUUGGCUGCUUUGCGGUACCUGGACUAUCCAGAGGAACUUCAAGAACAGAUGAUUACACCACUCAGUUGGCUCCAGUUCCUAGAGCCCGAGGAUGAGAAGAUCGAAUGGGAACCCCUUCCGCAGGAAGAAAUCGACAGCUUGAAGCCAAACAAAAGAUUACAAUACCAUAGAAGACUGAAGAGAGCGGGAGAAAUUAACAAAGCUCUUGAUUCUGUUAUUAAGGGCAACUUCGAUGCCUUGGUUUCCUGUUCCACGUUAAACAUUCCAUCAUUUUUGCCUCACGUCAUUGAAAGAGUAGGUGGCUCCAGACCAUUGGUCUUCUACAGCACAUUCAAAGAAAUGCUUCUAGAAACACAGCACGAGCUCACAAAGGAUAAGCGAGUUUUGGCGCCUUCUAUUUUCGAAACCCGUGCUAGAAUUUAUCAGACUAUUCAGGGUCGUUUGCAUCCGCUCAUGACCUCCAGAGGUUACGGAGGUUAUGUUCUUUGGGCCACAAGGGUCAUUCCUGCUGGUGGCCACAUCCAAGCUGUCGGAAAGGGAUCUAGAAAGAAGGCCAAGUCAGAACCAACCGAACCAGAAACCAAGAAUGGGGCCCAAAAGGAAGAAGAAGUUACCGACCUGGUGAUGGAGGAGGCAUAA